CUUCUGGAAAAAAACAAGCUAGCUAGUUUGAAUUUUAAUGGAAGUUGGCCUGAAAUAUUUAGAACAAAAUUAAGCAUUUUACUUCUUUGAUACCUCGUGUUCACGUUGCAUUCACAGCUGAUUCCCGGAGCUGCUUAAGUGGCAAUGGAUGACAUUCACCAGAGUAGCAGUAAUGGCACUGAACAAACUAUUACCAUCCCAACAACUAUUACAGCUUCUCAGUUAUCACAGAUAACCCAGAUGACUCUGGGUGGGUCGCCCGUGGCUGUGGUGCAGCUCCCUAGUGGGCAGAUUCAGGUGCAAGGAGUCAUCCAGUCUGCUCAGUCAUCAGUUAUUCAGUCUCCACAAGUACAAGCACAGAGCCAAGGGUCUGACAGUGAAGAUUCUCAGGACUCAACAGAUAGUGGAGCCUCAAACCAGAAAACAAGAGAGCUCCUGGCCAGACGCCCAUCUUACAGGAAAAUUUUAAAUGACCUCUCAGGAGAAGAAGUAGCAUCACGGAAUGAAGGAGAGGAGGAAAUAUCUGCUUCUUCAGCAAUGACAACUGUGUCCCUGUCCACGCCAAUCAUUCAGACCAGCAGUGGCCAGUACAUUGCAAUUUCGUCCAAUGGCUCUCUGCUUAGUUCUGGUGUGGAGGCGGUUCAAGGCCUGCAAACACUCACCAUGACCAAUUCCAACCCAAGCCAGCCGACUAUACUACAGUAUGCCCAGACUGCUGACGGACAGCAGAUACUGCUACCCAGCAAUCAGGUGGUGCUGCAAGGUGCAGGUGGUGAGAUGCAGGCCUAUCACAUCCGCUCGUCGUCCUCGGGACUGCCUCAGACUGUAGUCAUGACAUCACCUGUCAUUACCUCUCAGGGAAAGAGCGACGACCCUCAGCUAAAGAGAGAGAUCCGCCUUGCUAAAAACAGGGAGGCAGCCCGAGAGUGCCGCAGGAAGAAGAAGGAGUAUGUAAAGUGUUUGGAGAACCGUGUGGCUGUGCUGGAGAAUCAAAACAAAACGCUGAUUGAGGAGCUCAAGACAUUAAAAGACCUGUAUUGUGUCAAAACAGGCUAACAGUUGCCCUGACACCAUGAGAAAAGGACAAUACAAGCAUCUCUGCCUGCACACACACACACACACACAGUUCUGAGUCAGACGGAAUUUACCAAUUCCUUAUUUUUAUACGACUUAUUUUUAACUAACAUCUUAGGAAUUACAGGUCACAGAGAGAAGAAAACACAAGGGGUUCUGGGUUAGCAGAUAUGAAUGAAUGAAUUGCAUCGUUUUUUUCUUUAGAUAUUUUUAAUAACAAAAAAGUUGAGCAGACAUAUUUGUGUAUAUAUUUGUGUAUGUGUUUUGGGUGUAUAUGUAUGCACACCAGCAUCGGGAAUAUUCUCUUUAUCAGUGACCUGUCGUUGACCAGGGAAUUUUUACAGUUUCCAAAAGUGCUUAAUGAAUAGUUGAAGCAAAAUCAACUAGUGCAGAUAUAAGUGACUGCCAUUUAUACCCAGCCGCUUUGAUACAUGUAAGCUUUUUUUUUUUUAAUAUUGUGACAUGAUUGUGCUUUCUCUCAGCCGUGUUGUUUUUUUUUUUUUUUGUAUCAUGAAGCUUUCAACCCAUUUUGACCAAAUGCUUCAAUAUGCUACAAUGGUUUUCAGGCACAGUUGGGCCAUGUUACAAAGAGUAAGAGACAAGUGAGCCACGGAGUUUUUAUGACAACACCUUAAUUGUGCAAUGCUUUCAAAACUUCAUGUGACUCCCCCCUCAGAAUCUCAUGAGUCAUAACUUUAUGACUUUAAAUGAAUAUUAAUCCAGUCUUGUCUAACUAUGUCUUAUCUGAGAAACCAGCAUUAAAAUUAAUCUAAAUUUACAAUAACAAUUUGCUUGAGCUUAAGCAGAAAUGGGCCAGAUGCAGAAAAUGAACCUUGAGGAUUUUUUAAGCAUAAAUCAUAUUUGUUGUUGCAGUUUUGUUUAUAACAAAUGAACAAGCCAGACUCAUCAAGCUGAAAAUAAAUAAAUCUAAAUUUAUUUUGUGAAUGUGAUUGCUAUCACUGACUUGGUGUUAAAAUAAUAUGCUGAUUUGACAAUUCCAAAUAACCUACUGACUACUCUAAAGAUGCUCUUCAAAAGUAAGUCAUUAAUGGAAGGGGGUAAAUGCUGUUACUUGGGCACCCAAAAUGCAGUGGUGAUUAUUCUGAGGAAGAUCAAUUGUUUUGUUAAACAAAUCAAAAUAAAUAUUUUUUCAUUCUUUUUA